AUGGCUGCUGCUCCUGCUGGAGAUAGGUCCCUGCAGGAAACACCCACAUGGGCUUUAGCCCUUGUUUGUGCAGUGUUCGUGAUCAUUUCAAUUCUUAUUGAGCAUGGAAUUCAUUCAUUGGAAAAGUGGUUUCAAAAACGACAUAACAAGGCUAUGACUGAAGCUCUGGAGAAGAUAAAAGCAGAAUUAAUGCUAUUAGGCUUCAUAUCUCUAUUACUUACUGUGGGUACAAAAUAUAUUGCAAAAAUAUGCAUCCCUGCCAAAUAUGGAGACGACAUGCUCCCAUGUAAAACCAACUACGACAAUAACGACGAAGGAGACGGCAAUGACGAUAAUGGAAAUGAUCGCCGGAGAAAGUUACUUUCUCUUGCUGGAAAUGUAGUUUGGCGUCGUGUUUUGGCAGCCGCAGGCGGUGGUGAUGAUUAUUGCAACAAAAAGGAUAAAGUGCCGUUGAUAUCGCAAACAGGAGUGCAUCAACUACACAUAUUUAUAUUUGUCCUCGCCGUUUUUCACGUUCUCUACAGUGUCCUCACUAUGGCACUGGCACAAGCAAAAAUGAAGAAAUGGAAGACUUGGGAAUCAGAAACCUCAUCCUUGGAGUAUCAGUUCACUAAUGAUCCUUCAAGAUUUAGAUUGGCCCAUCAGACUUCCUUUGUGAAACGUCAUUCUGGCAUCUCUACAGCACCUGGGAUCAGAUGGAUUGUUGCAUUCUUUAGGCAAUUUUUUGGUUCGGUGAACAAGGUGGAUUAUUUAACUAUGCGAAAUGGAUUUAUUAACGCACAUUUUGCUCCAAAUAGCAAAUUUGACUUCCACAAAUACAUAAAAAGAUGCAUGGAAGAUGAUUUUAAGGUGGUUGUGGGUAUUAGCAUCCCACUGUGGGUUUUUGCCGUCCUCUUUUUGCUGCUAAAUGUUUACAGAUGGUAUACACUUACCUGGCUGACAAUAGUGCCAUUCAUCAUACUUCUUCUGGUGGGUACUAAACUUGAACUUGUUAUAAUGGAGAUGGCUCAAGAAAUCCAAGCCAGAACUACAGUUGUCAGAGGAGCUCCAGUGGUUGAGCCUAACAACAAGUACUUCUGGUUUAAUCGACCCCAGUGGAUUCUCUUCUUACUUCAUUACACUUUGUUUCAGAAUGCGUUUCAGAUGGCAUUUUUCUUGUGGACAUGGUAUGAGUUUGGGUUGAAAUCUUGCUUCCACGAAAACCUGGCAGCCAUUUUAGUGAGGGUUGGCCUUGGAGUGGCCCUUCAGAUCGUAUGCAGCUAUAUAACCUUCCCUCUCUAUGCACUGGUGACACAAAUGGGUUCGCACAUGAAACAAUCGAUAUUUGAGGAACAAACAGCGAAAGCGCUUAGAAAAUGGCAGAAGGCUGCAAAGCAAAGAAAGAAAGCAAGAAAAGCAGGAACAUGCGGUGGGGGAAAUAGUUCUCCGGGUUUUAUGAGCGGUGAAACGACGCCAAGCCAAGGUGCAUCACCCAUCCAUUUGCUUCACGGCCACAAGUACCGUUCAAGCCAAAGAGACGUUGAAAGUGUCAUAAGCUCUCCAAAAUCUUACCGAUCAGAUACUGACUUCUCCGAGCUAUCGGAAACUGAAGGAUCUUCUCACCAUGGACGUGAAUCAAGAAAACAAGAGGAUCAGGGAAAAAAUGAUCAAGAACCACAGACUAAUGAUUUUUCUUUUGUUAGGAUUUGAAGCAUUAGAAUACAAAAGUAUUAUGCGUUUCCUUUAAUUUUUGUUUUGUUUUGUUUUGUUUUGUUUUGUACAUCAUAUAAAUCUGAUAGACAAAAAAGAACUACUGCGAAUUCA